AUGUCGUAUUCGCGUUUGCCAGCAUCUAUAGCGCUGAUCAAUUGCUGUUCGGAAAGUCGAAGGAAGAAAAACGGUAAAACAAUAGCAUUCUUCAAUUUUCACGUCCACCAUGGGGGUAAACGGCUCGCGUUUGUAGCGUUUGGAGGGAAAGGUGGAGCACGCUCACAAAUGCGUCGACACCCAUCCCUGCCCGCCCCACGCGCAUUCAUCAGAGCAUGUUGCUCCCAACCAUUCCGUCCCUCCCCUCCCUUUACGGUCUUCUCCUUCCCUGCAUCGUCUAGCGCUGGUAUGAUACGCGGUUGUCUGAUGAAGGACAUCGCGUUUGAGUUGGCUGCUAUGAAGAUGGUCAAUAGCGGAGGAAGGGAGAAGGUCGUAUGGUGCAGAAGAAUGGACGUAGAAGAUGCACUAUCCGGAGAUGAGGGCAUCACGGGUAUUUACUAG